AUGAAUGAGGCUUUAAACAUGAAAGCACUAUGGAGUAAAUUAACAGUUUUAAGGGUGCAUGUGGAGAAACCCUGGAUUGUAUUGGGUGAUUUCAAUGCAGUAUUUAGAGAUAGUGAUAGAUGUGGAGGCAAUAUUGCUAAUCAAAAUGAUUGUGAGGAGUUUCAAAACUGUUUGGAUAAUACUAACCUGAUUGAAUUGAAAUCGAGAGGCAACAAGCAUACUUGGACUAAUAACCAACAGGGGGAGGAUAGAAUCUGGAGGAGGAUUGAUAGAGUGUUGGUGUCUGAAAAAUGGCUGGACAUUUUUGAUGCUGAAGCUAGUGUAUUGAGCCAAGGCAUAUCUGAUCAUGCUGCCCUUAUUGUGAAGUUUAAUGAGCCUGUGAUCUUUAGUUUCAAAACUUUUAGGUUUUUCAAUAUGUGGGAUGACUCUAAAGACUUUAUGGAGAUAGUUAAUAGAAGUUGGAGGGUUAAUAUGGAGGGACACAAAAUGUACCAGGUGGUGCAAAAGUUAAAGAGAUUGAAGAAGGAGUUUAGAGACUUGAAUAGAGAUAGUUUUUGUGAGAUAUCUGUUCAGGUUAGUAAAGCCAGAGAGGGUUUGAAAGGAAUUCAGGAUCCUAUGAAUGCUGUACUACUAGGGGAGGAGCAGGCUCUAGUAAUGAAUUUCAGGAAGCUUCUGAGAUUGGAAGAUAACUUCUACAAGCAAAAAUCCAGAGUCCAAUGGAUUGAACUUUGUGAUCUCAAUACCAAGUUUUUACAUAAAUCUCUACUGCAAAGACAAUCUAGCAAUAGAAUCACACAUUUGAGAGUUGAUGGGGUAAUCAUUGAGGACCAGGAUAGAAUUUCAGAUUGUAUUGUGGAAUACUAUAAAGAGCAUAUUGGAAAGUGA